AUGUCUGGGAAACACAAAGGACUUGUCGCAAGAGCCCAGGAGGUUGAGCCUUCGGUCAGAUGGACCCACUGCAGCAUACACAGAGAGGCGCUAGCGUGCAAGGGCAUGCCCUCAGCGCUGAAGGAUGUCCUCGCACAAGCUGUAAAAAUUGUUAACUUUAUAAAGGCUCGACCACUGAACUCGCGCCUGUUUGCGGGGAUGUGCGAUGAAAUGGGCAGCGAACACAAGCACCUGCUCCUCCAUACAAAGGUGCGCUGGCUUUCCAGAGGGAAAGUCCUUGCUCGCCUGUACGAACUCCUCGAUGAAGCGCAAAUAUUUCUCUUGAACGCAUCGUCGAACCUCAGCGAGCUGUUACUCAACCCGUCUUGGUUGGCAAGCCUUGCAUACCUCAGUGACAUGUUCGAAAGCUUGAACGAACUGAACCUCUCCCUCCAGGGGAAGGCAGUGACGAUAUUCAAGGUGCACGACAAGGUCGAAGCAAUGACCAAGAAGCUCGAUGCGUGGGCCAGCCGCGCAGAGAAGAAGGAAAACCUCGAAAACGAUCUGCCGCCAUCGGAGGAAGAUGUGCUUAUUGAACUUUCAUGUGACACAUCGUUGAAGCUGAAGUUCGCGCAAGGCCAUCUUGCCGAUUUUUGGAUCGGAGUGCGGUCCGAACAUCCUGCCUUGUCAGAGAGAGCCCUGAAGCUGCUGCUCCCUUUUCUACAACAUAUCUGUGUGAAGUUGCCUUCUCCGCACUCGUGCACAUCAAGUCCAAGUCGCGGAACAGAAUCGAGGUCGAGCCGGACUUACGACUCCGCCUGUCUUCGAUCGAACCUGACAUCAGUGCCCUUGUAG